AUGGGUCGUUUCUGGUGUCUUGCCGACACCAUCACUCGCGAUGUCUGUAUCAUCGGAGGCGGCAGCACCGGCACAUACGCAGCUAUUCAGCUAAAAGAUCAGAAGCAAAGCGUCGUUGUUGUCGAAAAAAAAGACCUCCUCGGCGGCCACACAGAGACACUGUAUCUCCCCAACGGCCAGGUCGACUACGGCGUCCAAGGCUUCUUCAACAACAAAAUCACCACCGACUACUUUGCCAAACUCGGCAUUGACCAUGAACCCUUACUCCCUGGCUCGUUGAAGACGGACAACGUCAACUUUCUCACCGGCAAGAAAGUCCGUCCUCCUUCUGGUCUGCUGGAUACUAUUACCGCUGCUCUGCAGUAUCGCAGCGCUAUCCAACAGUUCAGCUACCUCGAGUAUGGCGUCUAUAACCUGCCUGACCCUGUUCCGGAAGACUUACUCCGUCCAUUUGGCGAGUUUGUCUUCAAACAUAACCUGCAGGGUGCAUUGAAUCUCAUCUUCCUGUUCGCCCAUGGCGUCGGUAACCUUCUCGAAGUCCCUACUCUAACUGUCAUUGCCAACUUUGGCAUCCCCCAUAUCAACGCCCUUUUACAGGGCUACAUCAGACCCAAACAUGGCGCAUACGAGCUGUUCCAAAAAGCAACUGACAAACUCAGACAAGACAUCCUCUUCCAAUCCACCGUAGUCAAUGCCACCCGCACCACUAACGGGGUAGAACUCAUCGUCCAACACGCCGACGGAUCCCGCAAACUCAUCAAAGCAAACAAACUCCUCCUCACCAUCCCCCCAAUCCUCUCAAACCUAGAUGGCUUCGACCUAUCCGAUGCAGAACGAUCCGUCUUCCAGAAAUGGGAGUGGAAAUCCUACUACGCAGCCGUCCUCAACAACACCGGCAUCCCAGAUGCCCGCAACGUCGCCAACCUCAAUCCAAACAAUCAACCAGGCAGUCUGCCUACUACACCGUUUAUCUGGCAUCUCGACUACCCGGGUGUAUCAGGCUAUCUCACACACAAGAUGGUCGGCGAUGCCAACUUUACGGUGCAGCAAGCGAAGGAUCUUAUUUUCUCUGAUGUUCACCGGAUGGGGACGGCGGGGACGUAUGAGACUAGGCGUCCGAAUAUACUUGCGUUUGCGGAUCAUACGCCUACUACUAUGGCUGUUUCGCCGGAGGAGGUGAGGAAUGGGUUCUAUAAAUCGCUGUAUGCGCUGCAGGGGCAGCAGAGUACGUUUUAUACUGGUCUUGCGUGGUGUUCGGAUUAUGCCACUUUCUUGUGGAAUUAUACAGAUAGUGUGAUAGAGAGGAUGCUAGCCUAG